AUGCCUGUUCAUCAUCUCAUGGUUGGCACCUGGACCCCUCCGGGUGCCAUCUUCACCUUUGCUUUUGAUGAUGAAGCUCUCACGCUUGACCUCAUCAAGAAGACCGAGAUUCCUAAGGACGAGCCCAUCUCAUGGAUGACCUUCAGUCACGAUCGGAAAGCCAUAUAUGGCGCAGCCAUGAAGAAGUGGUCCAGCUUUGCCGUCGAGUCGCCGACUUCCAUCACCCACCAAGUGUCUCAUCCCAUGCAACACGAUCCCAAUGCCUCUCUCGCGACGACAAAUACAAGAGCCAUCUUUCUCCUCGCUGCAAACAAGCCCCCGUACGCCGUCUACUGCAACCCAUUCUAUGAUCAUGCCGGCCACGGCGCCGUCUUCACGACAGACUCGACCACCAAGGCUCUCAAGGAAAAUGUCCAAAACUACCCCUACCAGCCCAACACUGGCAUUCACGGCAUGGUCUUUGAUCCAAAGGAGGAGUACCUAUACUCGGCCGAUCUCCGUGCCAAUAAGCUUUGGGUCCAUCGCCGCCGAGAAAACGACGCUACCCUUGACCUAGUGGGAUCUGUCGAGUGUCCCGAUCACCGAGACCAUCCCCGUUGGGUUGCCAUGCAUCCCACGGGCAAUUACCUCUAUGCGCUCAUGGAGAAGGGCAACCGCAUCUGUGAAUACCUUAUCGACCCGGCUACUCGUCUCCCUGUGUACACGCAUCGACAGUACCCUCUGAUCCCUCCUGGUAUUCCUGACCGGUGGACGCAGUAUCGCGCCGACGUGUGCGUGCUGUCUUCGUCAGGGAAAUAUCUGUUUGCCUCGUCGCGAGCCAACUCCUUUGACCUCACCGGUUAUGUCGCUGCCUUUGCUCUGUCCCCCACAGGUGCCAUUGAGCGCCAGAUCUGCUUGAACCCUACACCUACGAGUGGAGGACAUAGCAACGCCGUGGCGCCGUGUCCCUGGACCGACGAAUGGGUGGCUAUUACAGAUGACCAGGAAGGUUGGCUGGAGAUUUACCGCUGGCAAGACGAGUUUCUUGCUCGCGUGGCUAGGGUGAGAGUGCCUGAACCCGGCUUUGGCAUGAAUGCCAUCUGGUACGAUUAG